CACUACCAACGCUCAUGUGAACUCUAUGCAUUCGCCUUUUUUUUUUCUCUCUCGCCGCUUUCGUCCGCCCUCCUAAUCCAAAACCCAUCCGCAACACACCAAUACGCCUACUACGCCUACUCGGGACUGCAAGCGCGACAUGCAGGACGAGGAGGCCUGCGAGAAGUGUAACGGUCGAUCAGUGGGGCUCAAAGAGAGGCGCAAUCCGUACGAAGCGAAGGCUGGAUGGAAAGCUAGUGUCGAAAACGGGCGUUGCAGAGACAGACGUCAGGAGCUCCGCGCUGUAUGCUCUCGUCUCGCAAUCCUUUCCCUCCCCGUAACCCUCGCUCAUCCUUCUCUACCAUAUACUCGCGCCCUCUCUCUCUCUCUCUCUCCUUCUGACGCCCCCUUCGUCCCUCCUUUCCCCUUUCCCAUCCUCCUCUAUCUCAUCCUCGUCUCCCCCGUUCUUCCCUGCCGUCCCUUCUCUCCUCACCCGCUUCGCCUCCUUCACUUCCCUUCUCGCCCUCCUCACACCUUCUCCUCCUCCUUUUCUUACUCCGCCCCUCCUCCCCUCCUCUCUCCUUCUCCUUCUCUUACUCCCCCUACCCCGCCUCUUAUCCUCCGCCCCUCCUCCCCUCCUCUCUCCUUCUCCUUCUCCUUCUCUUACUCCCCCCUACCUUACCUCAUAACCCGCUCCCUUCCCCGGUCAGUGCCGGGCGACAGACUAGCGGGGGUAGGCGUAACUGGACAAGAGCAUGAGCGUAUCCGACCACGGGGCGGGCGGAGGGAUGAGCCUAAUUAUCCAGGAAGGGAAGGGGGAUGGGGUGGGGGUCCUCGCCCACCGCGUGGAAUGGGGAUUUUUGCCCCUGCGCCGGGGAUUUGCGCCCCUUCUUCGGAGGUUCUCUCCCCUCUCCCGCCCCUCGCGUCUCUGGUUUCUGCGGCCCACGGCCUCCCUCUUUCCAUCCCCUUCUUCCCCGCUCCAUUCCCCUUCCUCCCCUCCCUCCCCUCCUCUCACCGUCUUCGGCUGGGUGUGUGGGGUGUAGUGUCUGUUGAGAGGGGUGGGUAUAGUCGGGAGUGAUGAAAGGAGGGCGUGGUCGGGAGGGAUGGCGGGAGGUUGUAGUCGAGAGUGAAAGAGUGGUGGAGGGGAGGGCGUGUUGGGAUGGUGUAGUCGGGAGGGAUGGAGGGGAGGGUGUGGUCGGGAGGGAGUGCGAGUGCGAGGUCGGAGGAGGCGCGAGGACGGAGGAGGGGUGUAUGGGGAGCAAGAUGGCCUGAAGCUGAACGACCGCGAGGAAGCUGGGGAAGAGUGCAUAGAAGCGGGGUGGGCGUA